CGCCCCGCUCCUCUAUAAGCUCGCGCCGGUCGGGGAGGGGGCGGUGCCCGAGUUCGAGUCCCGCAGCCGCCUGCUCCGCUCGCCCGUUGCGGUGCGACCCGCUCGGCCCCGCUCCGCCGGGCGACCCUGCCCUGCCGCGAGUGGAGAUGGGCGAGAUGGAGUCCUAUAAGGUGAUGCUGAAUGGGCCGGCGCCCUGGGGGUUCCGGCUGCAGGGAGGGAAGGACUUCAGCAUGCCGCUCUCCAUCUCCAGGCUGACUCCAGGUGGGAAGGCCGCCCAGGCCGGCGUGGGAGUGGGCGAUUGGGUGCUGUACAUUGACGGGGAGAGCACCAGCGCCAUGACACACAUCGAGGCCCAGAACAGGAUCCGUGCCUGCGGGGACAGGCUCUGCCUCACCCUGAGCAGAGCCCAGAACCACCUGGGGAAGCCGCAGAAGGACUCACUCCCCUGCUCUGAGCCCCCGAAAUAUAACUUCGCUCCCAGCACCGCCCUCAACAAAACAGCUCGGCCCUUCGGGGCCAGCUCGCCUCCGAACCCACGGCCCGGGCUGGUGACGAAACCCGUGACGUACGUGCCCCUGGCGCCCGCCUGCACCCCCCAGCACAAUGGGAAACCACAGGAGCACCCCAGUUCCCCCAAAUAUGACCCCAGCAAGCUGCAUCUGAUCGAGGACUCUGAGGACUGGCAGCCCCGCAACACCAGCACCCAGUCCCGCUCCUUCCUCAAACUGGCCCAGCUGACGGGCACAGACAGCUUUGAGGACCGUGAGGAUGAGCUGGUUAGGAAGCCCAGGGGUCCACGUGUGUCAUUUUGGGGUACAGAGGAGGAGUGGCAAUCCAUGCACCCCCCUGGUACCCCCGCAUGUGACCCGGGCAAGCUGCGGCUGAUGGAGGACGCUGAGGACUGGCAGCCUCGCACCGGCACCUCCCAGUCCCGCUCCUUCCGCAAACUGGCCCGGCUGACGGGCACUGAUGGCCUUGAGGACCAUGAGGACGAGCUGGUUAGGAAGCCCAGAGAUGCCCGCGGGUCGUUCUGUGGUACAGAGGAGCAGCGGCAGCCCCCGCAGCCCGUGGAAGCCCCCCCUACCCCUGCGUGUGACCCGGGCAAGCUGCGGCUGAUGGAGGACGCUGAGGACUGGCAGCCUCGCACCAGCACCUCCCAGUCCCGCUCCUUCCGCAAACUGGCCCGGCUGACGGGCACUGAUGGCCUUGAGGACCAUGAGGACGAGCUGGUUAAAAAGCCCAGGGAUGCCCGUGGGUCGUUCUGUGGUACAGAGGAGCAGUGGCAGCCUCCGCCCCAUGUGGAGCCCCCCCCCACGCCCGCGUGUGACCCGGGCAAGCUGCGUCUGUUUGAGGACGCUGAGGACUGGCAGCCCCGCACCGGCACCUCCCAGUCCCGCUCCUUCCGCAAACUGGCCCGGCUGACGGGCACUGAUGGCCUUGAGGACCGCGAGGACGAACUGGUUAGGAAGCCCAGAAGUCCCCAUGUGUCGUUCUGUGGUACGGAGGAGCCGCGGCAGCCCCCGCAGCCCGUGGAGGCCCCCCCCACCCCCGCGUGUGACCCGGGCAAGCUGCGUCUGUUUGAGGAUGCUGAGGACUGGCAGCCCCGCACCGGCACCUCCCAGUCCCGCUCCUUCCGCAAACUGGCCCGGCUGACGGGCACCGACGGCCUGGAAGAUGAUGAUGUAUUUAUUAAAAAGCCCAGCCAGGUCUCCGUGCCGGACCCAUCCCUGGGAGCAGCAAUGAAGACAGAACCAGGAUUGGCCCCCAGGACCCCCGCUGCCACCCCUGGCCCUACCAGCCGCCCACCCUGGGCUGUGGACCCCUCUUUUGCUGAGCGCUAUGCCCCAGACAAGACGAGCACGGUGCUGAGCAAGCACAGCCAGCCGGCCACACCGACCCCCAUGCAGAACCGCAGCUCCAUCGUGCAGGCAGCCCAGCAGGCGCCAGAGGGCCCUGGCCGCACACCCCUCUGCUACAAGUGCAACAAGAUCAUCAGGGGACGCUACCUGGUGGCACUGGGACAUUAUUACCACCCCGAGGAGUUCACCUGCUGCCAGUGCAGGAAGGUGCUGGAUGAGGGCGGUUUCUUUGAGGAAAAGGGCUCCAUCUUCUGCCCCAAGUGCUAUGACUCGCGCUAUGCGCCCAGCUGUGCCAAGUGCAAGAAGAAGAUCACCGGGGAGGUCAUGCAUGCGCUGAAGAUGACCUGGCACGUGCAGUGCUUCACCUGCGCAGCCUGCAAAACUCCCAUCCGCAACCGUGCCUUCUACAUGGAGGAGGGACAGCCCUACUGCGAGAGAGACUAUGAGAAGAUGUUUGGUACCAAAUGCCGUGGCUGUGAUUUCAAGAUCGAUGCUGGGGACCGGUUCCUGGAGGCUCUGGGCUUCAGCUGGCAUGACACUUGCUUCGUCUGUGCGAUCUGCCAGACCAAUCUGGAAGGGAAGACAUUCUACUCCAAGAAGGACAAGCCGCUGUGCAAGAGCCACGCUUUCUCUCACGUGUGAGGGGCAAGAGUUCAGCUGUGCCCAUGCAUGCCCCUGGCCCUGCAUGCUCCUUUCCCACCCCUUCCCCUGCCCCAGGGAGCCAGGCUGGGACUUCACCCCUUCCCCUUGCUCCUGCCUCUUUCCUGGCAGCUCCUGGCUGGGCCCCAGCAGAAGCAGUGCUGGCCCCUUCCACCUGGCUGGCUUCUUCUGUGCCCUCCCAGCUGAUAUAGGAGCCUGGGGAAGGGGAUGCCACAGAGGUCUCCUGCCACCAAGCUGCUCAGCACAGUGGCUGCGGCCAUGCUGAGGCUGGAGCUGGGGAGGGUCUGCCUGCAGCAGGGCUGCUCCUUUGCUUUGAUGGGGCCCAGCUGCCUUGGCACUCAGCACCAGGGCAGGGAUGUUCCUAGCCCCCAGCCCCUGCCAAACUUCCCCCACCUCCCCAGCGUAUAGUCAGCGCAUGGGGCCUGAGCGCUUGCCCUUCUCCCUCUGCCUGCAGUGACCCCACAGCCCAGCAGACUGCUGCCGUGGUUUCCUACACCCCCCCAUGGCUGCAUGCCAUGGAGCUGGGGGGCCUGUGGGGCUGUCUAGUGGCAGCACCCCCAUGCCAUGGAGCAGGACUGUCUGCCAUGCCUGCCCCGGCUGUGAGCUGGGAGUGCACGCUGAUCUCUGGCUAAUGGGCUCCCAUCAGGCUUGAAAACUGCUUCCUACCAAAGAGCGUGUGCCACCGCUGUCCCAGCACUGUAAAUGCCUCUCCCAAACCCUCACUCUCCGGUUGGGCUGCGUCUGAUGUAGCCACGGUGCUUUUAGUGCCUUGAAUAAACACUUCUUUGCGAGUGCC